GGGGCAGGGAGAGUGUACAAGAAAGGGCAAUUGACAUUCCACAUUCCUUCACGAGUCAGCAAGCAGAAAAAAGUGGAAUACAAAGCAAAGCAGGACCCUCAUCAAUCAUAAACAACUCUUUGUUUUAGUAGGUGUUUUCUGCAUGCUGAAAUGGCUUUCAGACUCUUCUUUGCUCUCUCUGUGAUGCUUUUCCUGGCAGCCGGAGAAGCUGGAAAGCAGAUGCCCAAACUAUCAAAUAAGAAACUCUGCGCUGACUCAGAAUGCAGUCAUCCAAUCCUGAUGGCCCGCGCGCUGCAGGACUACUACCCUGGAGACUGCAGGUUCAUCCCUAUCCGACAGGGGCAGCUCGUCUAUGUUUAUGCAAUGCUGAAAGACAGAGGGAAUCUCUUCUGGGCUGGCAGUGUACAAAACACAUAUUAUGGAGACCAGGAGGCUCGCAUUGGUCACUUCCCCAGUAGCGUUGUGGAGGAAACACAUGCUCUCAUGCCUGCAACCACUGAAGUUAAAACAACUAACUGGGACUUCUACUGCAACUGAUGCUGAAUGGACACAUCCACACACACAUGCUUAUUCUAACAUAAAAUUAUUGUUUAAUCCACGUUAGCUCAAAUCUGCAUCUAAAGAGAAAAAAAAAUCAUAUAACGACUUGUAUGGGAAUCUGCAGUUGUAUUCUGGUAGCCUUGUCAGAUAGAUGCUUUGAUUGUUAUUUUCCUCUACUUCUUAUAUGUCAAACCAUGGCUUCUUCUCUCAUGCUUUUGCGUAAUCUUAUUUGGUAUUUCAGUGAAAAUUUGCCCCCAACUUCACACAACAGGAUAAUAGGAUUUUAUGUCAAAAUGAAAUGAAAAGAGACAUUAAUAAUUAUUUUGUCUUUUCUGUAUUAAAAAGACAAUGUAAUCAUUCUUAAAUAAAUUAGAAGAUAAUUUUCCCGUGUCUGUGACACAUUGGCAUUCUGCACUUUCAGUUUUACAGAUAAUAAAAACUGGGAACAUAUUUUUCCUGUUGAUUGUACUAAAAGCAUUGUGACCGACAAGCAAUGAUAGUCAUUAAAAAAUAAUGCAAAAAAAAAAAAAAGAAAUCAGCAACUAAGCUAAACCUGCAUGUUAUUUGGGGGUGAUCUUUGCAAGAGAAUUUACCUCAUUAUGCUACAUGUUCUUUGUUGUAGCACCCUUUAAGAUAGUGAAACAUACUUGUUUAAAUGGACGUCAUUUUCGUUUUACCUUGUUAUGCUAAGAAGUUUAUAUAGGCCACCUGGAUUUAUAAAAUUGUUGAAAGAAGUGCUAUGUGAGAAUUUUCUGCCCCUUUUUCCAAGGCAAGGUCAACUUUCAGUAUCUGCCAGUAAAUCAGUGUGUUUUUGACCCUUGCAAAAAUUAGCAAAACAAACAAGCAAAAAAAAAAAAAAAAACUCUUGCAAAAUCCUCUUGGGGUUGAAGUGAUGGCAAUAAAAGGGUUGAAAUUUUAUAAAUUACUUAUCUGUCUGAAACAAGAAAGCAGCUUGAAUCUUGAACCUCUGCUGUUGUGUGAAGUUAUAUUUUCAAGAGAAAAAGGCGUAAAAUAAAAAUACACGUUUGAGUUUAAUUAUUUAUUCUAAAUCUUGUUUUCUGUGUUAAUAUGCCAGAUGUUAUAGCCAGCUUAACAGUAAUAAUAGAGUGUUGGAUUUACAAGUAAAAAUGCACUCACUGUCCAAUAAAGUACUUAUAGACAAGCAAUCAGAAAAA